AACAACUAAAAACAGUAUUAAAUUCAAGCUUCGAAUACAAUCAAGUUUUAAGACGGAAUUAACUGCGGCUUUUAUUAUCUUAUUUAUUUUUUAGUUCGUUGUCUUAUGAACUUGUGCGGUUAAAAAUAAUAAAAAAAAAUGUUAAAAAUCUAUAUAAUCUUGGCGCUAUGGAUACAAUCAUUAAAUGCUCAAUAUGAUGUCUAUAUGACAAACUCUAGAGGUGGACAAAACACAGUAAAACCAUCAAAUUUUUAUUCUGAAUAUAACUACGAUACGCAAUUUGGUAGCAGGAAAAAUGACCAAGUUUCUCAAUUGCCAGGUCAAAUGUACAAUACCAAUUCCAGAAAUGCAUAUGGAAAUACAAAUAAUUUAGCAGCAAACCCCAUUCUCUCUCAAAACAAAGAGACAAAUUUAAAAACUACAGAGCCUAAUCCAAACACUCCCUUUAUAAACAAUUUGUCAACCAUAUCGUCACUAUUUGAAGAGAAUCCAACAACUACAUAUCAUUCUUCAGUAAGGGAAAUUCCAGCAGGAGAAUCUUUUAAUGCCAAACUCUUUGAAAUCAUGUCUUUGAGGGCACAAAAUGAAAAUCUUGUCUAUUCUCCCAUUUCACUGCAAACAAUUUUGGCAUUCAUUUUCACCAUGUCUAGUGGCAAACUAUAUGAUGAAUUGGCUCAACUGUUGGCAAUGCCCAAUAAUCGUACGUUUAUUGCCAAAACUUUUGAAAAUAUUGUACAAGCAGCCGCAUUAAAUACUCCGCCAACAACACUUAUAAUGGCCAAUAAAUUGUAUUACGAUUACCGCUUUGGCCCUAUCGACCCAAGCGUUCGCAAUAUGGCUAAAAAAUCAUUUGAAAGUGAAAUGGAACAAAUAGAUUUUUAUGCUUCCAAAAAUGCAGCCAAUAUCAUAAAUUCAUGGGUUAGUAAGAAAACCCGUAACCUUAUACGCGACAUUGUUACCCCUGCAUCUAUUACCGGCGAUACUAGUGCUUUGUUAUUGAACUCUAUAUAUUUUAAAAGUGACUGGCUUACGAAAUUCGCCUCAUAUGAUACGGAAACUCAAGAUUUCUUUGUUACAAAAUACAAGCAAGUUCCCGUCGAUAUGAUGUAUAAUGAAGAUGUAUUUCGGUAUGCAGAUUUUCCAGAUGAUCUACAAGCUUCAGUGGUAGAAUUACCCUAUAAUUCGUCCGAUUUAUCAAUGUUGUUAAUUCUGCCCAAAGACGUAGAAGGUUUGGCAGUUUUGGAGAGAAAACUGAGAUACUAUGAUUUCCAGACAAUAGCCCAAAAACUUAAAAGAGAAACGGUGACUGUAAAAUUACCGAGAUUUAAAAUUGAAUUUGAAACUGAUAUGAUAAAACCAUUGCAACAGAUGGGUCUUAAUGCUUUAUUCAACAAUGCUGGCAGCAUAAAUCUCUUCAAAAAUCAACAGAAACCCUUAAAUGUCGAUCAAUUCAAACAUAAAAGUUAUAUAAAUGUAAAUGAGGCCGGUACGGAAGCAGCUGCUGCUACAGUUGCUAAAUAUAUACCACUAUCAAUACCGCUCAAUAUGAAGUAUUUUAUUGCCGAUCAUCCAUUUGUAUUCGUAAUACGCGACACAAAUACAACCUAUUUUAUAGGACAUGUAGUUCAAUUUUAGUUAUCACAUACUUACAUAUAUACUCGAAUUUAAUAAAAAAUUAUUUUAUUUUACAAUAAA